AUGCAAAAAGUUGAACCGAAUGAAUAUAAUUUUAUGCCGAAUACCUGGGUUCUACCACAAGAAUAUGGUUAUUUUCAAAGUUAUGCUAAAAAGUUAUACAGACAAGGAGCAAAUACUUGUUUCAUUCAAAAACCUGCCAAUGGUGCAAUGGGACAUGGAAUUCGUCUGUAUCGUAAUGCAAAUCAAGUUCCUUCAAAUAUCAAUGAUAAUAUAACAUGUGUUAUACAAGAAUAUAUUGAUAAUCCUUUACUUAUUGAUGGAUAUAAGUGUGAUUUAAGAGUGUAUGUCUUGAUUACAUCAUGUGAUCCUUUAAGAAUAUUUAUGUAUAAUGAUGGUUUAGUACGAUUAGGCGCUGAGAAAUAUGUUAAACCCAAUGAACCUGAUGGCGAUUCAGUUUAUCGCCAUUUAACCAAUUAUGCUGUAAAUAAACAUCAUGCUGAAUAUAAUCGGUCAGCUGAUGAAAUGUCAGGCAGUAAACGUUCGUUUACAUUUUUCAACAAUUAUAUCCGUGAUGUGAAACAGUGUAAUCCAUUGGAUAUAUGGCAUAAAAUACGUGAUCUAAUUGUUAAAACAAUAGCUAUCGCUCUGCCUCACCUAUUGCAUUCUUAUCGUAUGUGUCGGCAUAAAUCAAAUCAUUUCUCCAAUGCAAAAUUGCCAAAGAAUUAUUAUUUAAACAAACAGACAAGCUUCAAUGGUGUCAAUGAAAAGUGUUCAAUAUCCAAUGAAUUGAAUAAUGAAUUGAAAUCAAACUUAUCUAGUGUUCAACAACAACAACAACAACAAAUAAAUAAUAAGGAUAGUAGUCAACAUCUAGGAGCAAAAGUGAAACAGUCGACAAAAGCAUCGAAAAGAUAUCGAGAUUCUAAUGAAUACCUUUCAACACCAUUUGUUCGUUCAAAUUUAUUCGAAAUUCUCGGGUUUGAUAUUUUGCUAGAUAAAAAUUUAAAUCCAUGGUUGAUUGAGGUAAAUCGUUCACCGAGUUUUAACAGUGAUCAAGAAUUGGAUAGACGAGUUAAGCAUGGCCUAUUGACAGAUACAUUCCGUUUAUUGAAUAUUCGACCAUCGGAUAAAUCGCGUACAGAGAAACAACAGAAAUUAUCUACAUUAAAACGUUUAUGCAAUCAAUCUACACCAACGACAAAAAAUUGGAUGAUGAGUAAAGCUCAUAAUGAGGGUAUUCAAAAUAUUCUUAAAGCAUCAUUUCAUCAAUCGGAAAAUUCAAAAAAUUCUCAACUGCCAUUUCCAAAUAAUACAAAAAGUGAUUUUGUCAGGUCAGUUAUCGGUCAGUUUCAAUUGGAGGAGUCAAAAUUCAGUUGGAAAAUCAAUUGUUUACGUCAGCAAUUAUUUUCAAUACGUCAACAGUUAGCCUUAGAAUUCUAUGAACAUCAUAACAGUGGGAAUUGGCGUCGUAUCUUUCCAACUGAUGAUCCAACACUGCAGAAGAAAUAUGCUUCAAUGAUUAUUUCAAAUUUUGGACAAUUUCUUCAUCGUAACAGAGGUGAUCUGUUGGAUGAAAUGAAGACAACCUAUCUAAAUCCAAUUACAGAAGAUGAUAUUUUUAACAAAUUAUCAAAAUUAAUGAAAAGUGAAUUAAAGUCGAAACCAGGAAUAAAUACUGAGGAACAUUUAACUCAAAUCUGGUCACAAUGUAUCGAUAAUUAUCCUAUCAGUGAUAAUGAUAUUGAUGAUGUCGAUGACCCGGUAGCAUUCGAUGAUGACAUUGACAUGAAACAUACUGAUAGUGAUGACUUUUAUUCAUUUACAAAAAAGAAGGAGGUAAAUAAAAGAAAUCAGAAUAAGAUUAAGAUGAUGGAUCAUUUAAAAAACACGCCGAUCACCUCUUUAUCACCAUCACCACCAUUAUCACCAACAUCAUCAUCCUCCCGCACGAUGAUGAAUACAGUCAUAUCAAAAAAAUGCAUACCAGAUUAUUCAUACAGUUAUAUACCUAAAAACAAUAAACACAAAUCCUAUUCUUCAUCAACCCUAUCGUCUAUUCAAUUGUUCAAUGAAAAAUGUAAGCCUACUGAUGAACAAAUCAAGUUAUCAUUUGGCAGAAGGUAUAAAUCGUGUGAAUUUCAUGCGUUAAAUAAUAAAGCCCAGUCAAAAUGUAAUAAAAGACAAUUCAUGAAGAAAAUCACUUCAUCUUCUAAUAUUACUUCUAGUAGGUGUAGCAAUUUCCCGCCUAAUGUUUAUUCAUCUUCAUUGGAACAUUUAAACAACAAUUGGGAUGUUCAAUAUUCAAUGGGUAAAUAUUCAUCAUUACACCGUAAUAAUAAUAAUAAUAACAAUUCAGAUGAAGAGAAAUCAGUCGAUUUAGAAUCACCAGUAAAUGUAAAACUGGGAAAGAAUGAAGUGAACAUUUUAUUAGAUUUCGAUAAAAAUGAUAAUGAAUUACAAAAUUUUAAAAUAACAACCUCAUAUCAUUCAAACAAACUAUUCAAUGAUCAAUCUAUGCUAAAACGUAAAUGUUCUAUACCAAUAAUUCAUUGGAAUUGUUGUACAUUGAACGAUUUGCUACCAUCAUCAUCGUCAUCAUCAUUCCGUGAUACAUUAAAACAAUCAACCCGCCAAAAAUUAGUUCAAUGUUUAAAGCAUUUUGAAGAGAUGAUACAAAAUCAAAUGAAUUUAAGUCAUUACUAUUCAUGUAUAAAUAUUUUAGCUAAUGAAAUGAUGGAGAUGUUACCAAAUAAUAGUGUGGAUGAAUUAAAUCUAAAAGUAUUAUCAUUAUUUGAUAAAGAAGAUGUAUUGCAAUUUUUCAAUGUUCAAUGUGACAAUGAAAGACGAAAUAUCAUACAUCAAAAUGAUGAAUUAAUCAAUUCAACAAUAUUAGCCUGUUUCCAUUCAUUAAAUCUAGCACAAAUUCAAAUACAACUAGAAGAAAAAGAACAAGACGACAGUUUAUUGAAUGAAAAAAAGAUUUUCAAAUUAUUCACCAAAAACUUAAUGAAUAAAUUUGUACAAGGUUUACGCAUAACACGUUUACUGAAUAGGAUCAAAUGUCGUCUUCUUAUGGGUCAUGGUCAUUUAUUACGUAAUCUAAUCCAAAUGAUAACAAAUUUACCUACAAUAAAUGAAACAAUAAUGGAGGUGCCUAUUGAACAAUUCAUCGUUGAACCACUUCUAAACGUUGAAGAAUUAUGCUGUAGACAUUUUUUGAGACUUUCUAUAGAAUCUUUCAUUUUACAUUAUUUUAAGCAUUUGGAAAGUAUUAUGCCAUUUGAUGAUAACAGUGAUGAUGUUAUACAGGUGAAGUAGAUGUAAUAAAGAGAAAACAC